AUAACUUGCAAUGUAUCUUAUUUUUUUAUCUGAAUGUGAAAUAUUGCAUUUUAAAGAUUCAAAUAUUAUUUUUACAGUUAUCCUUCUUAAACCUGCGGUCACCCAUCACCUACUCUUUUGGACAUUAGAUUCUAAAUUUACUGUAAAUCAGCAGAGUAGACAUGAUUGAAUUGUGGGAAUUAUAAUAGCUUCUUUAGACAAUGUGCCACUGCUAUGCAGCGAUAUUUUAUUCAUGUAUACCUGCUGUAUUCUAUAGUUACUAUAUCUUUUGUGAGCCAAAAAGGAGAUUUUUUUUCGUCUUUUAAAUGCUAUAUUACUUGACAGCGGUGCCCUGGGAGCUUCAAGGGGUCUCUGUACGAGUGCUAGGAGCCUUGUGGCUUUUAGUGGCACUGGUCCUGAGCUCGGUGUACCGGUCCAACUUGAAGGCUAUGCUUAUUUUACCGCGAGUAACGAUUCCAUUUGAUAAUUUAGAAGAACUAGUGCAAAAGGGCAUCCCAACCAAUGUUUAUGCAGGCACCCGGCUCCAUAGAGACAUUUUAAACGCCCCAGUAAACAGCACUUUAGGAAAGUUAAGGGACCAAAUUGAAACCAUUACUGACGGAAGAGAAAUGAUUACAAAGACUCUGAUGGGCACACACGUAGCCAUGGGACCACGAACCUCUUAUGAAUGGGCCCUUCAUGAUUUGUUUUCCUUGAGGGGUACAUGCUUGAUGCACAAUAUGAAAGGUAAUGUGAUCCAGUCAACUUGGUACAGCCUUGGUUUUCCAAGAGGAUCUCCACUCAGAGAAAAGGUUAAUACCAUCAUUCGACGUGUAAAAUACGCUGGGAUUUGGAAUCACUUGUACAGGACCUCUGUGGUUAAUGCUACAGAGUGUUUAAGGCCUCUUGAGUCCGGAUUCACAUCAACAAACCAGAGAUCGAUGACCUUCACAGACUUCGCUGGAGUUUUCUGCGUCUAUUUGGCCGGUGAGGAGCCUAGUCGUCCAAAACAAGAAGACGUUCAACGUGAUUCUAAAGAUUAUUUAUAUAGUAAUUGUACUGAUCUGAUAGACAUGAUACCAUUUAUACUGUUUAUUGAUUACAAGAGAAUACCAAUAUAAAUUUAGAUUUUCUAGGCUAUCCCACCCAGAUGUUUGGAGUCUAUUGCUUACUUUUAUUAUGAUUAAUUUUAACACAUUUCAAAGCCAUGUAGCAUAGCUAAAUAAUAUCAUUCGAAACAUGCACAUACAAAGCUAUAUCACCUCAGUAUCUAAAAUUAUUCCCCGGGAAAAAUACCUUUUGACCACCAAUAUCAUUCAUACCACCUGCAGGAGCGCUGGUAUCAGCUCUGGUGUUCCUAAUGGAGAUGCUAGUGGCAAGACUUGGCUAGGACUCCUGGACUCCUGGAUCCUGAUCAUGACGACCAAAUGGCGAUCAUCUGUGGAAUAAGCACUUGAUAGUUGUUUCUAUGAUGUCAUGCACAGAGAAAAAUAUUGCAGUAUGUGUUUAUGUACAGGAGUUACUAUAAUAUUUUCACUUCAGUCUGAUAGCUGGAGAAUACAAAGCUUGGCUGUGAUUGGUGGAUUCGAGCCAGAAAGAAUCGCGUGUGGAGUGGGGAGUUACUUUGGUUACGAGACAGAAAUAACUGAUCGUCACUAUUGUUAAUGAUGCUAAAUAUGAUGGUAAUAGUAACAGUAGUAGUAGCAGUACUAAUAAUACUAAUAAUGAUAAUGAUGAAUAGCAAAACACUCUUCCGUGCUGAUACAA